UUAUCAGCAGUUUUCCCGCGGUUUGGGAGAAGGGUACAUCAAUCACAACAAACAGUUCGUUGGGUGUUUUUACUGGGAUUGCCGGAGUACGAAACAUUGCUGGAGACUGAAAAUUAAGUGGAUUACUCUUUCCCGACUUUAUAGUUUAUCUAACUACUGUGGAUCUGGAGUUGGACAGGUUCCUGAAGCGUAUUAAACAAACAAACAAAAACAAAAAAAACUAUCGACAUGCCACCUAAAACACGGAGCACUGUGACACCACUCAACAAGGAAAUAAACCAGAGCAAUGUUGUCGUGUCCUCAGUCAAGGAGAAGAUUUCAGAUUUAUCCAUUGAUAGGCACAAAGAUAAGGAUGUCGAGUUUCUGACGCUCUCUGAGAAGUUGAAGAUUAAUGAUCAUGUGUGUGACCAUGCCUGGAGUAUAUGGGACUCUGUGCGAGCCUCCAAGGACAUCAUCCUGGACACAAACCUCAAGGUCUGGGGUGCCUGUCUGUUCAUUGCUGCGACAGAUCUGGAGAUCAUGACCUUCACGUUCACAGAGGUACAGAAGGCUGUGGAUCUAAAUGUGAAGGAUUUCUUUAACCUUCUGAAGAAGCUGGAUGUGAACAUGGACACGAUCAGCACCAAGGUGAAUGGUGCCAUGGCCCGUUUGGAGAAGAAGUAUGAAGUGUCCCAUGCUCUCUUCCAACGCUUCCAAAAGAUGUGUGGGAAAAUUUACGCUGAUGCUUCUGACUCCAGUAGGAAGGACAGUCCAGAUGGGAAGCGGAUCAUUUGCACCUGCUGGACACUCUUUCUCCUAGCUAAAGGAAGGGUGCUGCAGGUGGAGGAUGACCUCGUGAUCUCCUUCCAGCUGCUCAUGUGUGUGCUGGAGUUCUGCAUUCGACACAGCCCUUCCUCCAUGCUCCUGCAGCCCUACAAAAAGGCUACAAACAUGGGUCAGCCCAUGACUCGGACAUCACGGCGCAAUCACAGCAAAGCCAAACCCUGCUCCCCUGAAGUGAACCUGCAUCUUCUGCAAACCCUCUGCGAGGAGAAUGAGUGCAGUAUGGAUGAGGUGAAGGAUGUCUGCAUGACCAGCUUCUCUGCCUUCUUGGAGUCGAUGGGCCUGUCGGGCACUGAGGAGCUACCUGAGACCUUUGAGCUUUCCAAUCAAUACGAAGAACUUUACCUCAAAAGCAAGGACUUUGAUGCCAGGCUCUUUUUGGAUCAUGACAAAACUCUUCAAAUGAGCGAAAUAGACUUGAUGCAGCUCGAGAGAACCCCCAAGAAAAACCCGACGGAGGAAGAGCUUGUCAUCCCCCCCCAAACCCCUGUCAGAGUGGCCAUGAAUUCCAUUCAGCAGCUCAAGGUUGUCCUUGCCUCUGCCAGUGAUGAGCCAUCAGACGUCUUGUCUGCGUAUUUCAAGAACUGCACAGUGGACCCGACUCAGGAGAUCAUCCAGAGGGUGAGGCAUCUCGGGGAGCACUUCGGCCAGCGGUUUGCACAGGCCAUGGGCCAGCGCUGCAUGGAGAUUGGCUCUCAGCGGUUUACUCUUGGGACCCGGCUGUACUUCAGAGUCAUGGAAUCCAUGCUGAAAUCGGAGGAAAAGAGGCUGUCUGUGCAGAAUUUUAGUAAACUUCUCAAUGACUCUGCCUUCCAUACUUCACUGCUUGCCUGCGCCCUGGAAGUUGUUACAGCAACCUAUGGUGGAACCGGAGGGUUUGGGGUCAGGGUCACAAUUGAAACUGACCUCUCGUUCCCCUGGGUCCUGGACGUAUUCCAGCUGGUUGCCUAUGACUUCUAUAAGGUGAUUGAGAGCUUCAUCAAGGCAGAGUCAAGUCUGAGUCGAGACAUGAUCAAACACUUGGAGCACUGUGAACACUUGGUUUUGGAGAGCAUCGCUUGGAGGGGGGACUCCCCACUGUUUGAGCUCCUGUGUAAAGCCCAGGAGGAAGGGCCAGGGGAGCAAGCAGAGCCCCCUGCAAACCUAAACCAGCCCCUGCAGCAUAGCCACACUGCCGCUGACCUGUACCUCUCUCCCAUACGCCCCAGCAACCGGAUACCCACUAGAGCAGAGGCACUGGACACACCCACUCUAUUAUAUCACCCCACGCAGGCCCCCCGGCAUCCUAGAUCGACUUCUCUCUCUCUCUUCUACAAAAAAGUGCAUCGGCUGGCGUACCUACGCCUGAACAUGAUGUGCUCCCUCCUGCUAACCUCUCACCCUGAGCUGGAGCCAGUCAUGUGGACCCUGUUCCAGCACACACUCCAACAUGAGUAUGAACUAAUGAGAGACCGCCACCUGGACCAGUUGAUGAUGUCAGCCAUGUACGCCAUCUGCAAGGUGAAGAACAUUGAUUUGAGAUUCAAGACCAUCGUCACGGCCUACAAGAACCUUCCCAACACCAAGCAGGAGACCUUCAAAAGGGUGCUGAUUCGUGAGGGUCAGUACGACUCCAUCAUAGUCUUCUACAAUCUGGUGUUCAUGCAGAGGCUAAAGACCAACAUCCUGCAGUACGCUUCUCCAAGGCCACCCACCUUGUCACCAAUCCCCCACAUCCCCUGCAGUCCCUAUAAGUAUCCCAACUCCCCCCGGAGGGUCCCAGGGAGCAAUAAUGUGUACAUAUCCCCCAUGAAGAGCAGCCGGAUGUCCCCCAGUGUCAUGACCCCCCGCACCAGAAUCCUGGUUUCCAUUGGUGAAUCCUUUGGGAUAAGUUCAUCAGAUAAGUUCUCUAAGAUCAAUCAGAUGGUGAGCAGCAGUGAUUGGAACCUGAAGAGGGGUCAUGAUGGAGGCCCUGCACCCAAGCCGCUGAAGAGGCUGCGGUUUGACACAGAUGGACAGGAUGAAGCUGAUGGAAGUAAACCCAGUGGAAAGUCUACGUUGAUACAGAAACUGGCAGAAAUGACCUCCACUCGAACCCGGAUACAGGAACAGAAGCUGAAGGAAGAUGCAGACUCUUUGAAGAGGGAGGAGCCUUGAAUGGUGACUGCUACAGAGGACCCGCCAAAGCUGUAGAGCUUUUGAAACAAUAGCUUUUUUUAAACCAUUUAAAAUGUAGCCAUAGUCAAGUUGUAUUUUUAUGAAAACAGUACUCCGGCUUGUCUCUCAAAGGCAAAACAUACCAUUCUGCAUUCUGUAUUAAUCAGUCAUCUUAAUCACUGGUUUUCUGAAUUCUCAAGUACUUUCAGUGAAAUAUUUUUUUAAUGUUAAUUAGUUAUUAUGAAUAUAGCCAAUUAAGUGGGGGGCCAAAACAGCCGCACAAAAGAUACAUUUUCCCCCAAUGCUUUUUUAAAUGUAUAAAGGAAUGCAAGAGCACCUAGCUGUCAAUAUGGUGUGACAUGCCAUUAUAGCACAUCUUGAACAAUUUUGGAAAUGUAACGAUGGUGACAGAUUCUCCCAUUGGAAAUUUAACCAGUAUCAAUAAGUGUGAUGCAUCUCAUAUUAAUGGCAUUUAUUGUUUCAGUAUUAUUAUUAUUGUAUUUUUUCUUAGAAUUUUUAAAUUUUUCUCUAAAUUAAGUUAGGUUGUAAUGUAAAAUGCCAUAUAACCCAAAAAACUAUGACAGACACAGUCAAUGUGUGUCCCCCUAGUGACACCAUUCCUGCUGUAAAACUACAGAGCGAAAGAGACCAUCGGUUCAUUUUUUAUAAAAUGUUUUCUUGACAACCCAAA